CUUUUUUUUUUUUUGGGGCACACCGGGGGAGUCACGAUGAACUUGUGAAAGCGUUCGUGCUUCGUUGUGAUCUCGGUAGUUUAUGCAGACAUGAUAUUUUAACUCAGGUUUAGUGACGCCGGUAGGCCAGCUGGGAAGCUCUUUGAUAUGAGUAUUGUAUUGGCUCCUUACUUCGGAUGAGGCAGAGUACCUGUCCUGUGGAGCUGAAACAGUAAAAUGAGGUAUUCUAUGGGAUCCGCUGUGAUACUGCUGUACGCACUGACCUUCAUCUUACACACUCUGCACACUGAUGCAGUCAGCGCAGAGGACUCCUGUUCCACAUGCAGGGGCAUCACUAUCAACUUCAGCAAGGGGUUCGAGAGGACAGCGAAGAAGAACUUUGGGGGAGGGAACACUGCCUGGGAGGAGAGGAAGCUGUCAAAAUAUGAGACCAGCUCUGUCCAUCAAAGAAAAUGACAUAUUACACAUCAAGGGCCAAAACAGAUACACAAGUGAGAUCCGCUUGGUGGAGAUCUUGGAGACCCUGUGCGAGAGCAGCAGCUUCGAGUGCAACCGCAUGGUGGAGGAGCACGAGGAGCACUUUGAGACCUGGUGGUUCAGAUGGAAAACAGAACAUCCUGAUCUUUUUAAGUGGUUCUGCAUCAAUACCAUCAAAGUGUGCUGUCCAAAAGGAACCUAUGGUCCUGACUGCAACGCCUGCGUGGGGGGUUCUGAGAGGCCCUGCCACGGUAAUGGGCUCUGUGACGGCGAUGGCACUCGGGGCGGUCAGGGAACAUGCACCUGUAACCACGGAUACCAGGGGGAGCUUUGCCUGGACUGCGUUGAAGGGUAUUUCAGCGAGGAGCGAAACGACACUCACGCCAUCUGCACAGAAUGCCACACUUCCUGCAAGACAUGUGCUGGUCCCUCCAACGGGGACUGUGAGGACUGCAAAGCAGGCUGGGAAAAGGAUCAGCAGGGGGCUUGCAUUGACGUGGACGAGUGCUCAGCUCAAUCUCCGCCCUGCAAAGAAGAUCAAUUGUGCGUAAACACAGAUGGAUCAUAUUCCUGCAAAGCUUGCGACAAGGCAUGUUCCAGAUGCAGAGGGGAGGGCCCCGACCAGUGUCUGGCCUGUGCGGAGGGCUAUCAGGAUGAGGAUGGCACAUGCGCAGAUAUUGAUGAGUGCAGCCUCCCUGAACGAGUAUGCCCCGGGGAGCACCGCGAGUGUGUCAACAUCAAAGGCAGUUUCAGGUGCUUCUGCUCCAGCGGGUUUGAGGACCACGGAGGCGUUUGCCUCGAGUCACAGGAGACAGAGGCAGAUGAAGCAGACGAAAUGCACACGGGAGCCGACUCUGAACCCACAAGCUUGCACACAGUGGAGCACGAGGACCUGUGAGAAGCAGGACUUUGGGGACACCUGGAGUGACACCUGGCUGCGGCCCUCUCCAACCUUGGACCACUUGGACCUCAUGGCACUGAACUGCACUCCUUACUGGACCAUCUGACCUACCUGUCAGUCCUCAGAAGCUGUGCGGAUGUACAGGAAGGCUAGAUUCACAUCGCAA